AUCAAAGACUUGAGCAAUGGAGACGUCGCCUGCGACUCCUACCACAACUGGGAGAGGGAUGUGGAGAUGGCUGCUGAACUGGGACUUGACUAUUACAGGAUUUCGCUAUCCUGGUCUCGGAUCCUCCCCACUGGCUUCCCUAACAAGAUCAACGAAGAUGGAGUAAACUACUACAACAAGCUGAUUGACGGUCUUCAGGCGAAGGGCAUCGACGCUAUGGUUACUAUAUACCACUGGGACCUACCACAACCUCUCCAGGAGUUAGGUGGCUGGACUAACCCCCUCAUCGCGGACUGGUUCGAGGACUACGCGCGGGUUGUGUACAAGCACUUCGGCGACCGCGUCAAGCUUUGGCUUACGAUCAAUGAGCCCAUAGUUAUAUGUGAUGGUAGUUACAACUCCGGUCUCGCUGCACCUGGUUAUCUCAGCCCUGAUAUUGGAGCCUACUUAUGUAACAAACACGUCCUAUUGGCUCACGCUAAGGCCUGGAGACUGUACGAUAAGGAAUUCAGACCUAAGUUUAAUGGUAGAGUAUCACUGGCCAACCAUUUACUGUGGAUCGAACCUUAUUCAAUAGAAUACACCGACCUUGCAGAACUAGCUCUACAAAACUCGCCCUGUUUUCAGGCGGGGAGAUACUCCCAUCCAAUCUACUCUAAGGCGGGAGGCUGGCCGCCAGGCGUGGAGGACGCCAUCGCUAUAGCUUGCUUAGAAAAAGGAUACCCCAGGUCAAACUUCCCGUCGUUCACGAAAGAAGAAAUUGAGUUGGUCAAAGGAACAUACGACUAUUACGGCAUGAACCACUACACGAGUCGUUUGAUCCGGGAGGCUCAUCCCGACGAGAAGCUGUUGCCCUGGCCCUUCGGAGACGCUCCAGACCUAAAGGCGAAAAUGACUGUAUCAGAUAAAUGGCCUGCCACUGUCGUUCCCUGGUUCUACGUGAACCCAAAAGGUAUCCGCAAGCAGUUGGCCUGGCUGAAGCAGCAGUACGGUGACCUGGAGGUCAUGAUCACAGAGAACGGACUGCCCACGUAUAAAGGACUCAACGAUACCACGAGAAUCGACUAUUACAAGAAGAAUUUAAAACAGAUCUUGCUGUCAAUUAAUAAAGAUGGGGUGAACGUGACUCACUACACCGCUUGGUCACUCAUGGAUAACUUUGAAUGGGCUGAUGGUUACACUACCAAGUUCGGUCUGUACGAGGUGGACUUCAACGACCCGAAGCGCACGCGCACGCCUCGCGAGUCCGCCUACUACUACGCAAGCAUUAUCAAGAACCGCUCUUUGGAUAUACCUUCGAAUAACACCAAACCAAAACAAAACGCUAUAGCAGCUGGAUGCUACGGCAAAGACCUGGGCGGACAAUUCCCUCCGGGUUUCAAGUUCGGAGCAGGCACUUCAUCGUACCAAGUCGAGGGGGCUUGGAAUGUUAGCGACAAAGGUGUAAAUAUUUUGGAUAAGUUUGUGCAUGACCACCCGACUUCGAUCAAAGACUUGAGCAAUGGAGACGUCGCCUGCGACUCCUACCACAACUGGGAGAGGGAUGUGGAGAUGGCUGCUGAACUGGGACUUGACUAUUACAGGUUUUCACUUUCCUGGUCGCGGAUCCUCCCAACGGGUUUCCCCAACAAGAUCAGCAAGGAUGGCGUGAAGUACUACAAUAAGCUGAUCAACGGUCUUCAAGCGAAGGGCAUCGAAGCCAUGGUUACUAUAUACCACUGGGACCUACCGCUACCACUGCAGGAGUUAGGUGGCUGGACUAACCCCCUCAUCGCGGACUGGUUCGAGGACUACGCGCGGGUUGUUUACACGCAGUUCGGCGACCGCGUCAAGCUUUGGCUCACGGUCAAUGAGCCUAUAUCAUUCUGUGACGGUAGUUACAACACCGGGGUCGGUGCCCCCGGUGUUCUCAGCCCUGAUGUUGGAGCCUACAUAUGUAACAAACACGUCCUAUUGGCUCACGCUAAGGCCUGGAGACUGUAUGAUAAGGAAUUCAGACCUAAGUUUAAUGGAAGAGUAUCACUGGCCAACAAUUUACUGUGGAUUGAACCUUAUUCAGAAGAAUACACCGACCUUGCAGAACUUGCCCUACAAAAUUCGGCGGGAAGAUACUCCCACCCAAUCUUCUCCGAGGCAGGAGGCUGGCCGCCAGGCGUGGAGGAAGUUAUCGCUAAAGUUUGCUUAGAGAAAGGAUAUCCCAGGUCUACCUUCCCGUCGUUCUCAAAAGAAGAAAUUGAGUUGGUCAAAGGAACAUACGACUAUUACGGCAUGAACCACUACACGAGCCGUCUGAUCCGGGAGGCUCACCCCGACGAGAAGCUGUUGCCCUGGCCCUACGGAGACGCCCCAGACUUAAAGGCGAAAAUGACUGUAUCAGAUAAAUGGCCUGCCACUGUCGUCCCCUGGUUCUACGUGAACCCAAAAGGUAUCCGCAAACAGUUGGCGUGGCUGAAGCAGCAGUACGGGGACCUGGAGAUCAUGAUCACAGAAAACGGUUUUCCCACGUAUCAUGGACUCAACGACACCGCGAGAAUCGACUAUUACAAGAAGAAUUUAAAACAGAUCUUGCUGUCAAUUAAUAAAGAUGGGGUGAACGUGACUCACUACACCGCCUGGUCACUCAUGGAUAACUUUGAAUGGGCUGAUGGUUACACCACUAAGUUUGGUCUGUACGAGGUAGACUUCAACGACCCGAAGCGCACUCGCACGCCUCGCGAGUCUGCUAUCUACUACGCAAGCGUUAUCAAGAACCGUUCUUUGGAUAUACCUUCAAAUACCACUAAACCGAAACAAAAACAAAAAACAUUGAAAAAAUGAUCUUAGAGCAUUGAAAAUGAACAGUUUCUUAGGGUUCUAUACUCCUGCCGGGGCAGCGGGUUUGUCCGAGAGGGUUACAUGGGUGGGGUUUAGUAACUGGGUGUCUGACACUCCAUUCCGCUCAUCCUCAAGUGGAAGGAGUCAUUUGAUGAUUUCCCAUCUGGAAAAAAAUAGGUUCUAUACUCAA